UAGUCUGCCAAUGUCUGCCUAUAAUCCAAAAUGGCUGCAGAUGACGUUUAUAUCAACGGACAGCUUUUGAAGAGGAAUCUCAUGUUCAGGUUUCUGAUCGCUUUGUGAGGGAGGAAUAAGUGGAAACUACUCAGCCGGUGGACGCUGUUGCUGCAUGUUGUGUUUUAAUUAAUCAUGGUUUUGGAUGCCCACAACCCACCAUGACAGUGAAGCUUGGGUUUGAUUCAGCAGCAGGCUCACUCAGGGCUAGACAACUCUCUUGUACACCUUUAGCUUUUACCUUUUACAUUUCGUGUGUUUCCAGAGGAAGGGGUGAUAAGGAGACUUCACUUUGCACAGACAACACUCUCGUGAAUAUCCAGCCUUGGGAGGCCUCUAUAUACUAAUUACCACAGUCAACAUGAAUUCUAAGGAUCCUCAUUUGUUCCCCACCCAGUGCCUGCCUUCUCCCCUUCCCCCAUCUCCAUCUUGUGAGUUUAUUUGACUAUGAUGGGUCAUCCGUCACAAAGCUCCACGGAGCAACAUAAAAUUCAAGCCAGCCAAUCACAGUCCUUGGAAGUGACUGCCGCACCUAUCAGUCCUGCUGAAUUUCAUAUUAAGUCUGAGUUUCAACCUCCAAGUAUGUUGGAUAAAGGCGUGAACAAAGCGUUAAAUUUCGUUCCGUAUUCAACCGACAACCCCAGCCAUGCUGGAUCAUUCCAGAAUCCCAAUCUGCAGAAGUGUCACCCUGGAUUUGAAAGUAACGAGAUACUCAGUAUGCCGCCCCGAACAGGAGAGGAAGGGGAGGUGUUUGACGAUUCUAGGUAUGGAUGGUUUCGAGGACCCCCGUUGAUAAAAACAGAACGACCUCGGCUAUGGAGUGGUGAAGCUGAUGACAACACGUUAGUAGAGACAAUAUCUGAGUCAAGUUCCAGCAACAUUGACAGUGGUAGCAGUCGAGAACAGUCCCCCUUCACUGGAUCAGAAGAUGUUCCUAGACUUCAGUACCAAGGGAGCUCGGAGCAGGAGGAUUUCGGAAUAAGGAGGGUUGGGGAGACUUCUCAAAAAUGUGAGGAGGGAGAUUUUCAUUCAGAGAGUGAACGUCAGAGCUAUCAACAUGGAAAAUUCAAGAAAAUGCUCCAUCAACGAUAUGUGAUGAGUCUUCAGUCAGACUCUUCAUCCUUAGAGCAGAGCUUAAAGGAAGGGCCAGUGUACUUCUAUCCUCCAGAACUAGAGGAUAUGAAGGGCAGGGGUCCGGAUUUGGGGCAGGGAGGAGUAUGGGUGUCUUGUGAAUCAGUGUCAGAGUCGGAACGUGAUCUCAAGAGGACCAGUGAUGUUCGGUCGGACACACCAGAUGAUGUCUUCAUGGAACCUACCCCUUCUGUUACUUCUCACAAACGUUCAAAACCUCCCUCCUUGCAGCAAAAUGAACCUCUAGACCUUUCAAAGAGCACAAGUCCUAAUUUGUCGCCAGGGCUAGGAUCACCCUCUAUUGGGUCUCCAGCAUUAGGGUCCCCUUCCUUAGCAGCCAAACAGUUCUCCCCUGUCACUUUCCGGUCAACACAUCGCCUGCCAUACUCACCCCACGGUCUUAUCUCUCCACAAUCACCUCUGUGUUCAGUGCCUGAAGGUGGGCGUAUCUUCAACUUCAGCAUGCCAAGUCCAUUUGAAGGUCCUCACUCGGACUCUGAUCUUCUGUCCCCUAGUCCCAUGUCACCGAGAUUCUUCACAUUCCCUCCUCAUGCGUCAAUGUUGAGUCCACUAGCGGAGGUGAAUCGCUUGGCUGUCUCUCCUCGAGCUCUGUACCCAUCAUCGCCUCUCAGUUCUCCAACUACCCAUCCAAGCAAUAUGGGCCUGUCAAGCAGGAACAUACUAAAGGCUUUUUAUGAGAAACGUUCCCUAUCAGAGUCUGAUGUGACAUACCUCUGUCCGGUUUGUGGACAGGUGUUUCCAUCCUAUGAUAAUCUUGCUAAACACAUGGCCAAGCAUCUACCAACUGAGACAGUACGUGCAGCUGACAAUAACAAAAUACAUUACUGUAAAGUGUGCAAUCGGUCCUUCCGUAGUGACAUGCUCACUCGCCACAUGCGGCUCCAUACGGGACUUAAGCCUUAUGAGUGUACAGAUUGUGGCCAGGUGUUUAGCCGUAGUGACCACCUGAACACUCACAAACGAACACACACUGGUGAGAAACCAUACCGCUGUCCGCAGUGUCCCUACGCAGCUUGUCGGCGAGACAUGAUCACGCGACACAUGCGUACCCACAACAAGAGAUCAUCACGCAAAGGAGGACGCUUUCUGGCUGUGCCUGAAUUGGAGACUAAUGAAGUACGUAAGAGCUCAGUUUCAAGCACAGAUACAACAGACUCAACACGAACCUGUUCAGUGUCCAGCGUUGAUAGUUUGGAAUCGGACACAAGCCAUCGUAAAUACGCAAGUCCGGAAGGAGCUCAGGCUGACAAGGAUGUGACACAGACGUUGCAGUGGGCGUGCGGGAGAAAGGAAGCACCAGACUUUGAAGAAAUUGACCAGAAUACACUGUCUGUGCCUACAGAAUCAUCUUUCGAUCCUUUCAUGGGUUACCGAAAAGCCCGGAACUGGUCGUCUACGAGUUACGAAAGUAUAGACUCGGAAGACUCUAGGAGAGAUUCUGUUGCUGAUGAUCCAUUUUUAGAGCCUGAACGCCCAGCCACAACGUCACGCAGUGGUGGUCAAGGAAGCCCCCUUAUUGAUACAGUUAGUCUACAGAAGUGUACUAUAAGCUCCGAUAGUCCUAGUGUAAAUAUGUAGCUAGGUGCAAUCUAUCCCCUCUAAUUCAAAUGGAAUUGUCUGCAACAAAUGGUGACGUGAUCAUUUGAAUAUUUUAGGGGCCAAAGUGUUAGACUAGUUCUGUUACCUAGCAUUCCCACAUGGGCUCUUUUGGCCUGUUUUGGAUUUUGUCCUAAAAUCAAAAUUUACUUGUUAUUGUUUGUGUCCGCUACGCAUGUGGAAUCUGUUUGUGAUCAUUUGAUGUAUAUGCCAUUGGUUAAGGGUAUAUUUUUCACAUUAUAGUCUUAUUUGGUGCAUAUUGCGUAGUUGGUACGUUGUAUACAUGGUAACAUUUGCUGAUGUGUUUUUUUGUUGAGUAACAUGAAGUUUGUGAAUACCUGUGAUUAAAUUAAUUCUUCAACUUAAAUGUGAAAUAUUUUUCCAAACAUGUUUAUGCUGAGUUUGUUGUCUGUAUUCAGUAUCAUGGCCACAAUUUCCAAUAUUUGAAAAUUCCUAAAUUGAAAACACUUUUCCCUGUUUGGGAGUAAAGACAUGAAUAUGGAAAAUACUUCUGUGGAUAUUUAUAUCGGUUUGCAGACGAUCAUGUUCUUUUUAUUUGUUCCGAAACUUUCUAUAAAGGGAGAGCUGUAGGUUCACUUGAAUUUAAGAAAAAUGUCACUUUUAACAAAUCCCAAUUUUGAACUUCAUGACAAUUUUUUACCCACUAUGUCUUCCAGAGACUCGUGAUAGAAUCGUUGACAAUCGUUGCUUGGACAAUAUUUGUAAUCAUUAUUAUAAUAUUUGAAUUCAUUGAUUAAUUCAGUCACAGGUAAACACAAAUUUCAAAGUAAACAUUUGUUUUCACUUUGUUGAAUAUGUACUGUUUUGAUUGUCAGCAAUGUCUGUUUGUUAUCUCCCCUUUGUUAUCAGGAUUUGAAACAUGUAUUUGAAAACAGGUUUCUGAACACCAUCUUUUGUAUGUUGGUGAAAGAUUUACAUGUCUAAAGGAAUACAGCAAACAGCAUUCACAUCACUCACUGUAACCAAAGUUAUUUCAGGUAUAUCUCACAGCAGACUGUCUAGAGCUGACGGACAUUUUGAACCAAUUGCCAAGAAUAAUUCUACACAUUGUUGUCAAAUCUGAUGGACAAAUGCACUCAAAUUUCAUACCUUGCAAAAGUGUCAAGAUGGGUAUAUUGGUCUGCUAUUUAAUGACCAUCAACAGUGUUUCCCAAUGUCAGUGUACUAUUGAUGUGUCUAAUGUGAACAGAUUUAAUAGAAAACAGGUAUUGUCGGUUCCGGAUGAGGUCCGCCCCAAAGCUCAAGCUUCCAAAUCAGUAUCUACAAGAUACACCUUGAGAAAGGAUAUGAUAAGUCUGGACAAUGUCAUUUUUUACAAUAGAUUCCUAAUUAAUUCUGACUGUUUUCAUCCAGAAAUUGAUAGCAGUCACAUGGAAAUAAAAUCUGCAGCCAAGGGGAGAUAACUCUAAACUGACACUUUUUCUCUCUGGAUACCUUGUGCAGUAUUAAUGGGUAACCACCCAGGUCUGUGUGUGUUUGCUUCAAUCAUGUUAAUUUUCUCAAUUCUUGUUUGAAAGCAUAAAACAUGGAAAUCUGAUCGUUUUCGACUGUCCUAAUGGACAUAUUGUAUUGAAACAACCACAAUUAUUUAUUAUCAUAUAUAAGACAGUAAGGGGACUAAGAGGCAAACUCUGCCGCUUGUUUAGCUCAUUUCUCUCUUCAUGUAGGUUUAAAUAUGAGUGAAGUUGAACAGUUUCUAUAUAUUUGAAAUUUUUGAUUUGACAAUCAGAUUCUGUGACUUAUUACUUAAGUACAAUGUCUGAAUCACAUUUUUCAGUUUUUCACUCCUUGAUCCUUCUGGUAAAAAGCGACAUAAAUUCCAGCUCACCCACCUUAUUAUUACAGUUACAAAUGUACCAUUUUAAGGUGUGAACUUCUGGUACACAUAUCUGAUGCUACUUGAGGACCAAGGGGCGGUGGGGUAGCCUAGUGGUUAAAGCGUUUGCUUGCCAUGCCAAGGACCCGGGUUCG